AUGGGACCCACUGAGAAAGCGUUCGAAUGAGCUGUCAAAACAGCUCCGACCAGACUGUGUUUCCCUUUGCCUUCCGUUUUAUAAACCUCUCUCUCUCCUCACAAUUCUCUCACUUUCCAUUCUCUCUCUCUCUCUCUCUCCUUUCUUUUCUUCAAUUUCGAAAUUUCUUCAGAGAUGGCUCAAGAGGAGGCCCAGAAAUCAGCUGAUGUUGUCGCCGUCGCCGCCGCAACGGAGAAACCAAUGACCGAUAAAGAGGUGACGGUUCCUGCUCCGGUGCCGGAGAAGGAGGUGACUGCUCCGGUUGCCUCGGAGGAGAAGGCGGUGCCUGAGAAGGAAGAGAAGGCGUCGACGGAGGAGGCGGAGAAAUCUGCUCCGGUCAAGGAGGAAGAGACGGUUGCAGCUGAGAAGGUGGUUGUUCCAACCCCUGAGGAGCUUGAAAAGAAGGCACUUGAGGAGUUCAAGGAGCUCGUGAGGGAGGCUUUGAACAAACGGGAAUUCACUGCUCCGGCGCCGGUGAAGGAAGAGAAACCUGAGGAGAAGAAACCGGCGGAGGAAACUAAAGAAGAAGAGAAAACAGAGGAAAAGAAGGAAGAGACAACGACAACAAAGACCGAGAAGGAAGAAGAGAAACCGGCGGGUCCAGCAACAGAAGAAGCCGUCAAGUCCGAGGAGAAAUCUGAGGCGGCGGCUCCGGCAGAGACCAAAUCGGAGGAGAAAUCUGAGGUGCCGGAAGAGAAACCAGCCACCGUAACAACAGAGAAAGCCUCCGGUGCUGAGGAAGACGGAACCAAGACGGUGGAAGCAAUCGAAGAGUCGAUCGUCUCCGUCACUCCCACGGAAUCCGCCGCGCCGGUCGUGGUAGAAACCACCGUCGUGGCCGAGGCAGAGCCUGUGGAGCCGGAAGAAGUCUCGAUCUACGGAGUUCCACUCCUCCAAGACGAGAGAUCCGACGUGAUCCUCCUGAAAUUCCUCCGCGCGAGAGACUUCAAGGUCAAGGAAGCCCUGACGAUGCUGAAAAACACCGUCCAGUGGCGCAAGGAAAACAAAAUCGACGAGCUAGUGGAAGCCGAAGCCGGAGAAGAAGCGAGCGAGUUCGAGAAGAUGGUGUUCGCUCACGGCGUCGACAAGGAAGGCCACGUCGUGAUCUACAGCUCCUACGGCGAGUUUCAGAACAAGGAGCUUUUCUCCGACAAGGAGAAGCUUAACAAGUUCCUCAACUGGAGGAUUCAGCUACAGGAGAAGUGUGUGAGAGCUCUUGACUUCAGCAGCCCUGACGCUAAAUCCUCGUUCGUGUUCGUCAGCGACUUCAGGAACGCUCCGGGACUCGGCAAGAGAGCCUUGUGGCAGUUCAUCAGACGCGCCGUCAAGCAAUUCGAGGACAAUUAUCCCGAAUUUGCCACUAGAGAGCUGUUCAUCAAUGUCCCAUGGUGGUACAUUCCAUACUACAAAACAUUCGGAUCUAUCAUCACAUCGCCAAGGACUAGGAGCAAGAUGGUCCUUGCUGGUCCAUCCAAAUCAGCCGAUACGAUUUUCAAAUACAUCUCUCCUGAACAAGUCCCGCUUAAAUACGGCGGACUUAGCAAAGAUAUUCCUUUGACCACUGAAAACUCAAUAACCGAAGCCAUUGUUAAACCAUCAUCCAAAUACACCAUUGAUUUGCCUGCUUCUGAGGCUUGCACGCUUUCAUGGGAGCUUAGGGUUUUGGGUGCAGAUGUGAGCUACGGAGCUCAGUUUGAGCCGACAAACGAGGGAAGUUAUGAUGUGAUCGUUUCUAAAAACCGGAAGAUUGUGUUAACCGAUGAACCGGUGAUAGCCGAUUCUUUUAAGGUGGGUGAACCGGGAAAGAUUGUGAUCACAAUCGAUAACCAGACUUCCAAGAAGAAGAAAGUUCUCUACAGGUUCAAAACUCAACCAAGGUCUGAUCUUUGAAAUUAAAGUUGGAGACUAUAUGUUACUUGAUACGACCCAAAUCGAAGGAAGAAGAGAAAAAUGCUAUAUUGUUGUUUUGGGGAACAAAUUUUUAAUUAAUUUAUUUAGUUUGUUUUUUUAAUAUGUAAUUUUGAAAUCUCAAAAGGUGGUUGUGUUUUGCUGGGGCGUUUGCUUUGUUUUGAGUAUUGGGGGUUGUUUUGUGUGUGGGGAGAAUAUGUGAUUAAAGUUUAAAAGAAAAAAAAAAAAACAUAAACACUUUGUUUCAUUAUUUUACCUUUUACUUUUCUUUGUAUAAUUUGUGUAAAUCUUAAUGUAUUCAUUAUUUAUAUUUGUCUUUCUCUAUCUUUUAUCUUUACUUUUGUUCAUGAGAACUGAUUCUAAAACAAAGGUAAAGCAAAUUGUCCAGAC